UGUUCAACAGAGACUCCUCAAAUACCUUGGUGACAGGAAACUAGCUCUCUAGUCACAGGAAUCGACUAUGAACACUCUGUACCAAGGAACUUUCAGUUACAUUCGUACUUCAAGCCGUCUUCUUAUUCUCUUCCCAGAGCUUUUUGUUGGCUACAUUCUCCACGCACGUGCAACAUCCAUCCCGAACUUGCGCCAAACCGACAGCAGCCGCACCUGUCUUUGUGAUGCAGUGACUGUUAUUUCCUUCCCCCCGUUUUCUUGGUAGCUAGGCGUCUGUAGAUACGGGAGUUUGAAGUGUAACUGUAAUAUUUCACUUGUGGUGUGGGGAGUGGACUGUACGUAAGACAGAAUCAGUUCUUAUAUAUAUGUAGAUUUACACGUCUAAUGUCUUGAGUUGCGUUGUGCAUGGAACACGAGACAACGCCACCUGUCUCUAGGUGGUGGGUGUCGCCCCAGUUGUCAGUAUUCAAUCCGUUGUAUAGAAGACAUUUUUUGAAAGUUCCGUAGGAGCUGUUAAUAAGAAACCAUGUCGGAGAACGUCGAGUAGUUGAGUGUUAGCAUUUAACAGUGUCAUGAUUGACUGGGCGUCCUUAGUGCGCGGGUCCCACCGCCGAUUUUCUGGACGUAUGUAUAUGCUACCCAAUAAUAUGCACCUUCGAAGAAAGAAACACCUCCACGGCUUAUCUCGAGUUGAACUACCCCCCAAAAUCACCCUUUCUUCAAUCUGCACUUGUUGUCUGCCUAAAAGAAAACAGAAUUAUCGAGAAGAGAAUUUACUUUCUUCUUCUUCUACCCAAGCCGAGCUGAAACCAUUAUCUAGUAUGGACACCAUGGCGAGGAGUGAAGGAGAUGUCAUGUUAUCAACUGAUUACAGAGCAGACUUUCUGGAGUCUCCCCAGAAGAGCAACGAUAGUUGGCUUUCCCAAGAUGGUGACCAG